AUGAUGGAGAAGGCACCAGAUACGUACGGUAUCUAUCCAUUUAUGCAUACAAUAUUUAAGUAUUGCACUGACUUUUUUCUUCUUUUCGCAAAAAUAAUUGCAAAGGUGAUGGUGCUUAGAGCUCUGUGAGUGUGUUUUCCAUUCUGCUAAAAAUCUUAUCAGAGUCUGCCCAUCAGAGCUGUCAUGCCUUUGUCCAACUUUUGAGUUGCAUUUUCUCUCUCCUCCCAGAAAAGAGAGUGGCCAUAAACCUCAGCUCUGCUCUGCUGAGAUCUUAAAAUAGCUUGGUUCACAAAACAGUGAACUGUCUAGGUUUACACUGAUUGCUUCUGUAAUAUGGCUGUUAUCCCUAUACAGAGCAGUUGCUUUCAGCAAUUCCAGUAAGGAGUGACACUGAUUUUGAGAAUAAACUACUUUCCUGAUGUAAUAGGACUGCCUGCAGACCCAAUAAACAGUGCAUCAUGGGAAUCUUUGAAGGGGGCAGUGAAGGCAACUUUUUUUGUAUUGUUUUCAUAAUGCAUAACACACAUAGGAGUUAAAGGGACACUAUAGUUAGGGUUGCCAUUUCCACCAUAUUUUGCUGGACACACAUAAUCACAUCAUAUUGAUUGGGAGCACACGAAAAUGCUGUCCUGUAUUACGGAUAAUUUAUACUGGAUGAAUUAAGACAAGGUGCUGCAGCAACUAAAUAAAGUUAAUAUAAACAAAGCUCCAGAACCUGAAGGUAUUUACCCACUGGUGCUAAGGACCUAUGUUUUUAAUCUUUCAAGAUUCUUUUCUUGCAGGAAUUUUACCGAAGGAUUGGAGGAAGGCAGAUGUGGUUCCUAUAUUAAAAAUGGUUAAAAAUCCCUGCAAUUAAAGACCUGUGAGCUAAACUUUUUUGGCUGGGAAAGUAUUUGAAAGGUUAUUAAGGGAUGAUAUCCUUGAAAAGAACGUGGUUAUCAGCAAAAAUCAGCAUGGUUUUAUGAAGCACAGGUCAUGUCAAACUAACUUGAUUGCAUUCUACGACAAAGUAAGUAGAAGUAUAGAUCAGGGUGUUGCAGUGGAUGUGAUCUAUUUGGAUUUUGCCAAGGCAUUUGAUACAGUUCCAGACAAUAGGUUAGUAUUCAAACUAAAAGAAAUUUGUCUAGAUGAAAAUUCUUGUUCUUGGUAGAACAUUGGCUUAAAAAUAGAGUACAGAGAGUUGUUAUUAAUGGUAAGUUUUCGAGCUGGACAAAAGUGGUAAGUGGUGUCCCUCGAGGUUCUGCUCUGGGACUGCUUCUAUUUAGCAUAUUAAUAAAUAAGCAUUGAAAGUCAUGUUUCAGUGUUUGCAAAUGGCAAAAAAACUCUGUAAAGUAAUACAAUAUGAGUAUGCUAUUGCUUUGCUGCAGAGGGAUUUAGAUAGAUUGAGGGAGUGAGCACUCAAAUUACAUAUAAUAUUUAAUGUAGAAAAAAUGCAAAAUUAUGCACUUUAGGGUAAAGAAUGCACAAGCAACUUGCACCCUAAAUGGUAGUGAAUUAGGGAUAACAACACACAAGAAGAAUUUGAUAUAGACCAUACACUAGGCAACAAUGUGCAAUGUCAUCAGUAGUGGCUAAGGUCCGUAAGAUAUUGUCAUGUAUAAAAGCGGCAUUCAUUCUCAGAAUGAGAAUAUAAUUUUGCCUCUUUAUAAAUCACUGGUAAGACCACACCUUGAAUAUGCUGUGCAAUUUUGGGCACCUGCAAAGGCGCACUACGAAAUUAAUUAAAGAAAAGGAACAUUUUAGUUAUGAAGAAAGGUUAACAAAUUUAGUUUCGAAAAACGGCACCUUAGAGGGGCUAUUAGGGCUUUAUGCAAAUAUAUUUGGACAUAUAUGUCUGGAAAUCUAUUCAUAAACAGGACUAUACCUAGGACACGAGGUCAUGCAUGUAGACUGGAAAAAAGGAGAUUUACUGUAAAGCAAAGGAAAGGUUUUUAUUUACAGCAAGAACAAUAAGGAUGUGGAAUUCUAUGCCUGAAGAAGUGGUUUUAUCAGUGUCUGUACAGAUUUUUAAACAGCAACUGGAUGCAUACUUGCAUAAACAUAAUAUUCGUGGAUAUUUAAUUUGUGGGGUAACAGCUUCUUGAAUUUAAGAUAAUCUGACUGCCAUUUUGGGGUCAAGAAGGAAUUGUAUUCCUAGUUUGUUGCAAAAUUGGAAGUGCUUCAUAAUUUAUUUAUUUUUGUCUUAUUUUGGAUCAACAGCAAAAACAGGUGUGAGGCUGAAUUUAAAGGACACAUGUCCUUUUUCAGCCGAUAUAUUUAACUAUAUAUGUUCAGUAUUCCUGAUUGAUUUAUAAUCUGUAGCAUCUGACUUCUACAUACUGCAGGGCAGCACUCUGUAUGUUGCCCAUCAAUCUCAUUGACGUUGUGUGGGUGCAGUGUCCCUGUUCCCUUACCGCUGAACUAGAGUGCACUUUCUGCUGUUUCAUGGAGUUUCACGCCAUGAAACAACGAUGGACAUCCUCACGCUUUGCAUGAGGACAUCCAGCCUCUUGAAAAAAACCCACAGGAAAGCAUUGAUUCAAUUCUUUCCUAAUACGUGCACGUUAGGUUCCUGGAUCGCUGUCAUCAGCAGAGGAGGAGCCCAAUCCAGCACCAAGGGACAUCGGCACUAGAAUCAGGUAAGUGUUUCAAGGUUUUUUUUUUUUUACCCUUUGCAUGGCCCGUGGGGGCAGAGGAACACUAUAGUGUUAGGAAAACAUAGCUGUAUUCCUAACACUAAAGUGUUCCUUUAAUUUUGACCACAGAGUUUCCUUUUAACGUGACACAAUCUGUUGGUGUUCCAUUUAUUAAAUCUAAAUCAUUGUAUUUAUCAACAUUAUACAAGAGGGUGGAAACAAGGAAGCACCAGUAGGUUCAAACAAAUCCACAAUAUAUUAAAAAAUGAAGCAAUGCAAUAAUGCAUUACUAAAUUAAUCACUUACAAAAGUGAAGCUUUAAAGGAACUUAAUGAGUUAGCUAGCAAGGUUAUACAGUAAAGGGAGAACUGUCAGGAAUUCAAAUUGAAUUUCAAAUUUAAGCCCAAAAUAGCUGCACUAAAAGCAUAGUCUAUUUGGAGAAUUUCUCCAGUUUGGCUAUUUUAGCCUUAAGUGUAGUAAAUAACCCUGAAUGUCUUUUGAAAACCAGCAUGCAGGAGGUUAUGUGUUACCAGCUCCAUCUCCACCUCCACCUCAAUAUUGGGGAGAUAGGAAUGCAUUAAGCUCCCUUAUACAGUUUUUUUUUAUACAGUCCAAAACAUCUGCCGUGCCGAAGGUUGCCUAUGCCUGUCCUAGGUUAAGGAUCUUUCCUCGCUCUUCUUAUGGUAGAAUCACUGCAUUGUAUAUAUGUUUUCACAUGCGCCACUUAGUUUGGUGUUUAUUUGGGAUUUCCUUUUGACUUAUUUGCCACUUUAAGAUAAUUCAUAGUUUUUAACCUUACCCCUGUUACCAUUCAGACCAUUCUUUUUGAGUCCUUUUUCUUUUUGUGUGUAUACUCCUCUAAUAUUGUUUGCUGUAAGUUUUACAAGAGUAACCACGGUAAAAGCUAGCCAGCACUGCACCUAGCCAUGUAAAAUAAUGUCUGGCACUUGAUUUGAAUAGUUUGUGUCUAUUAACAUAGGCUGUGGUAGUGUGGACCCUGGCGCUGGAUUAAACAUCCAAGGAGGAGACACAGAGGAGCCUCACCAGAGAGAAAUCCUCUCAAAUCCAGUCUCAGGUGGGUUAGUAGAUUUUCACUUUAUAAAUACAGGAACUGUUCUUGUAUUCCAGGAUGACUUCAGGAUAUCAGUGUUCGAUUCAAUCCUGAUGUUUAAGAAAAUAUGCCUGUGAUAGGGCUCUGGGCUACCAGUACAUUUAUAAGUUUGCUUAUAUACCAGGGGUUCCCAACUCAGUGUUCAAGUACCACCUAACAGUCCAGGAUUUGGGAAUUACCCUGUUGUGUCCAGAGUGUGUUUUUUCUUCUUCUCCUCAAACCACCUUAGACACAACAGGGUUAUCCCUAAAUCCUGGACUUUUAGGAGGUAUUUGAGGACUGGGUUGGGAACCACUUUUAUAUACUAGUAGAGACACUAACACUAGAGUUUAUCUAUCUAUCUGUCUAUCUAUCGUGCAAUGACCACAAUAAGGGUUGCAUUAUGUGUGUAUAAGGAGCUGUAGUUAUAUUGAAGGGUGAGGUUGCAGCGUUGGAUACAGAGAGCUAGUCUCUGUAUUUAUUAUUCAGGGGCUUCGUGAGCUCUCUGACUGAAGUCAUGGCAUUAUUUAUAAACAAAAUUAAUUUGCAAAUAUGCUAAUCGUGUAUGCGGGGUAUGGUUGCAUAGCCUUGCAGUUGUGCAUACAUAAGUGUCAGUGUGUAGCGAUUGUGACUGCGGCAUGGUUUGUGGGGUGACCAUGCCUCUGUUGCACUAGUAGUGCUGGGCUCUCUCUGAGAAGAUUGCGUGGAUGGAAACCGCACAUGGCGGCACACACAUCAAUUCCUAAUAUCAGGCCCCCUGUCACGGAUUAAGAGCCUGACUGUUCAGUCUGCAUUAAAGCAACUUAGGGAGCCACGAGGCCGAGCACCUCUGCCGCUAAAUACAGGUUUUUGCUUCCUUUAUUUUGCAACAUUUCAUAUAGUGUCUGAACUAUUUAACUUUCUAAGCAUGCAAAUACGUCUUUAAACCCUACGGUGUAUUAAAAUGUCUUAUUGGCAAUAAACUAGAUUUUAAGCUCAAUGACAGAACUCUCAAAAAUGCCAGUGUUCAUUUUUUAGUCACUUGUAUUAUGUUCUGCUAUAAUGGGGCUGUAGCAUUUUAUUUUAAAAAAUUCCAAUAUUUUAUUGGUUGUCCUGCCUCUCAUAAUCAAUAAAAUGUUGCAAAUCUAUCUCAAUUAUGAAUUUCUGUAAAUGAUCAAUGCACAUAAGAUGUGUUAUGAAUGAAGACAUGUAUGCCACUCUUAAUUGCCACUCUAAGUUCUGCUGAUUAAGUAGUUUGACUAAUCUUGAAGUGUAUCUCUCAUUGUAGUAAUCUUUAACUUUUAGGGCAUACAGCUUUACCAUAUCAAUUAUUUUCCCUUUUAAUACAGACUGUGGCUCAAUAUGUGAAAACAAAGACGGAGUUUCAGAUAUUGAUAUUUAUUCAUCAGAGUGGGCAAUGGAAGAAACAAUCCCUGCUUAUUACCCUACAGAAAAGCAUUGCCUUGUCCAACACAACACUGUUGACGUUUCCUCCAGAGACCCCUCAACACAAGCUGUUUCCAGUCCUAAAAGGAACUGUAAUCAAAGUGAUGCAGAACAUGCGGACUCAAAAGGAUCCCAGCAGAUCACAACCUCCAGCAAUAGCAGUAAAAGGUUUUGGGAUAAAACAAAAUGUACUUACAAGCACUUAACUCAGAAGGAGCGGAAAAACUACAUAUGCAUUGAGUGCGGAAAGAGCUUUAUCUAUAGGUCAUAUCUCAUGGUCCAUCAGAGGACACACACAGGAGAGAGAUUAUAUGUCUGUAUUGAGUGUGGUAAAGGUUUUACUCGGAACUCUUAUCUUGUCGUUCAUAGGCGAUCCCACACUGGAGAGAAACCAUUUCCAUGCCUGGAGUGUGGAAAAAGCUUUACCAGUAAUGUAAGUUUGGUGAAGCACCAAAAAACUCACAAUGAGGUGAAGCCUUAUAAUUGCUUACAUUGUGGUAGAAGCUUCACAGAUAGUUCCAACUAUGUUCGACACCAGAUAAUCCAUACUGGUGAGAAGCCGUAUGCAUGUGGCAUAUGCGGAAAAAGCUUCACUCGGAAUUCACACCUCGUGCUACAUAAGAGAACACACACAGGAGAGAGACCAUACUCCUGCUCUCACUGUGACAAAUGUUUUACUAGUAGCUCCAAUCUUGCAAGCCACCAGAAAACACAUUCUGGGAAGAAACCAUAUCCGUGUAAAGAGUGUGGAAAAAGCUUCACUCAAAAGUCUUAUCUGGAUACACACACGAGAAGCCACACUGGAGAGAAACCCUUUGUUUGUGACUGUGGAAAACGCUUUGUUGUCAGAUCUUCCCUGGUAAAACACCAGGCAAAGCACACUGGAGACCGGCCUUUCAGAUGCAAUGUGUGUGGCAAGAACUAUAUAAGAAGGUCUCACCUCAAUGCACAUAAAAAAACUCACAAAGUAGAGAAGGCUUAUGUUUGCUCUAAGUGUGAAAAGAGCUUCACAUGUAAAUCCCAAUUUCUAGUUCACUGCAAGGUUCAUAAGCGGGAGAAACCUUACCCUUGUAUAGAGUGUGGUGACUGUUUCACACGCAAUUCCGCAUUAGUAACUCAUCAGAAAACACACCAAGUGUGUCUAAAGGGUGGUGAUGAGGAUUUGUUGGAGCAGGAAGAUAUGUAG